AUGUUUGCAAAUGCUUUUGCCAACUUUGUAAAUUAUAGAUUCUAUGUUGGAUUUUUGUUUUCUCUAGUUUGGAUUUGCGAGAUGGUUUCAUUUGCAUUUGUUGAAUUGACACUUGUUGUUUCUGUUUUGAGUUUUGGUGUUUUUGUUGGAGUGUUUUAUACUGCUUGGUAUAAUGCUGAGAAAAUUACAAUGAGAGAUUAUAUUGGAGUAUUUAUUACAGUGAUCGGAAUUUUAAUAUCUGUCAUAUUUUCAGACAAAAUAUAUCAACCAUUACAUCCAAUUACAAUCUCCUUCAUUUCAGGUCAAAUUCUCGACUUUAACAUUCCAAUUUUAUUUGUAAUUUUAAUUGUGAUUUUACCAUUCAUUUUGAUUGUUUUGGGAAUUUUCAGAGUUUUCAAAAAUGUCUUUUUCAAUUCAUCCAUUUCUGCAACAUUUGCUGCAUCUAAUUUUAUUAUAUUUAAAUUAUUUAUUGAACUUGUAAAGACAUCUGUUGAAACUGAUGAUAAUCAAUUCAAACAUUGGGCCACUUAUUUAAUUUUGAUAUUAUCCGUUGUAUAUACAAUUUUACACACUCACUUUACUCAAGUAACUCUUGUCCAAUAUGAAUUUACCAUUUCAAAUGUUCUCUAUUAUACCAUCAUGUCAUUUAUUACUGUUUGUGGAGGUGAAUUAAUUUUCCGUGAAUGGUCAGAUACUGAAAUAUUCCAAUUAGUUUUAUUAUUUAUUGGAUGGUUUAUUCAAUUUAUUGGAAUUUUACUUUUAUUGGGAUCUCACACAAAUACCAAUUCGAUUUAUCCACUCACUCAACUUAAUGAUUCACACAAUGGUCAACUAGUUAGAGUUUCCAAUGUUGAUUUGGACUUUGAUUCUGAUUCCGAUAAUGAAAACAGUAAAUCUGAAAAACAACAAUCUGCCCUUCUCCAAGAUGAAGAAGACGAAACCAUGUUGGAAGAAACAGAAGACUUGGAACAACCAAAAACCAAUCACUAA